AUGGAGGGCACCGCAACCUGGUCAACUCUAAGACAAGGUCCGGCACAACUCGUAGCGCCGCGUGGGAAAGAUGAGGACGGCGAGGAAGCAGACGGCGAGCAGGAGGCUGAUGGCAAGCAAGAACAGGAAGACGAGGAAGAGGAAGACAAGGAGGAGAAACGUGCCGACAGCCAAGAAGCCGAAAGCGACUCAGAUGCCGAAGGCCAGGCUGACGUAUCUUCUGAAAGCGAGUCCGACGCAGCGCAGCCCGGACAACAAGCAGACUCGAGCGAUUCAGAACAAGAGCAACCCCCUUCCACAAUCACCAAGCCACCUCCGGCGGCAACACCAGCACCUCCGGCCGCCUCGUCUCUACCACCCGCAGCUCAAGAAUCCCCCCUACCGGAAGCACCGGCCAUCCUGAACCCAUCACGCCCUUCAAGCCUCCUGGAGAGCCUUCCACCUGCAAGAGGCUUCAUCACACUCGUACCGGGAGCCCCUCCACCUUCAGUCCCCCGGCCAUCUUCCCCCAAGAGACGUCGGCGAGACAGUCUCAACCACCGCCUGCUGCAGCGACGUCGAGCCGCCCCCCCGUCGCCGAACCUCAAAACCCUCCCCCGCCAGCCAGACUUCCGCACCUCCGCCGCCUUCUUUAGUGCAAUCAUCGACACCGCUAGCCGCCGAGACUCCUUCAACAAAUCUACCUCCUCCCGCCCUGAGGGGACAGACCGUGGUUUCGCUAUUGGGAUCUCCUUCGCCGUCGUUGCUAUAAUCGCGCUCCUCAUCGGAGCAGUAAUAUUCGGCGUCAAACGCUACAAGAGGAAGAAGAAGGUCACUGCUGUGGCAACGAACAUGAACCAGAACACCGGUGGCGGCAACGCCUUCUUCCCACGAGAGUCGGCCAUCCUCAGGCAACCCAAGCGCAGUACGCGCGAAGUGGAGCAGGCCAUCGUCGCUACAUACAGGCAAACCAAGAUUGCGAACCGCACGACGAGGGAGAUGGAGGAGCAGAUGGACGGACAGGAACACGAUGCGCUCACUGCCCAACCCGCCUCCCGCUGCGACGAGAAUGCCAACACCGCCUCCCGUUGCGACCAGGACGCCGAAGCCGCCUGUCCCGGCUUACAAUGA